UUCAACAACACAAAAGCAAAAUACACCGACCGAUAACGAAGGAUGAUUUCAUUUGCUGGCCUUAGCCAUUGUUACGAAAUAACUUCUUGUUGCGAAAUACCGGUGCCGGCUUAACAUUUUUUCGUUAGAAUAACAGAUUUAGAAACGACUCACAUCAGUCGUAUAAAUACGGUCGCUGUAACAGCAACUUCUUUCAAUAAUCGAUUUCAUUCCGUUGUGCUCACAUUAUAAGUGAGAGAAUUAGUCAUAAAAACAACCGGCAUUGUUGUUCGUUUAUGGUGAAACUAAUUUUCUAUCGUUGAAUUUCGUUAAUAUCAAACUUAUAAUGGGGACCUUUGGCGAUUUACCCCACGAUUCAUUUUGUGGUACUUCUGGCUGGUCAAUGGAUGCAUUAAGUUCUCAUAAAAUUACCGUUGCAUCAGUGCUUCUCAGUGUUGGGGUGAUAAUUGCAUAUCUUGGAUAUUUUGCAUUGAAACAAUUGGUGAACAUUCUGUGGUACCACUUUAUGCGAUCCGUUGAAAUCACAAACUCAAUCGCAAGCUACUGUGACACACGAGCGAAUCUCCUGCAAUGGCUCCAGAAUAAUGUCGAAACAAAACGUUUGCCGCACGUAAACGUUGGUUUUGAUAGUCGUCGCGAAGAAAAUGGCCAGACAAUUUAUGAGAUGAAAAACAGUCCGCGCUAUCAAACAACACAUUAUUUCACAUACAAAGGCCAUUGGGUACUAUUGAGUCGUUAUUACGUAAAAAAUGUUGUGUCGAAUGAUGUCACAUGGGAAUCGAUCACAUUAACCACAUUCCGAACAAAUGCGUCCAUCUUGGGCGAUAUUAUGGAAGAGGUGCGUUUGUUAUUCGAGGAAAAACCACUGACAGAAGAUAAGACCCGAUUCUAUUUCGCCAAUGACGGAUAUUGGACUGAAUGCGGCACUGGCAAGAGGAAGCGCCCAUUAUCAUCGGUUAUAUUGAACACGACAACAGCAACUAAAAUCAACGGCGACUUGCGUGAGUUUUUGGACACAUCAAAAUGGUACCAAGAUCGAGGCAUUCCAUACAGACGAGGCUACUUAUUGUACGGUCCACCCGGAUGCGGAAAGUCCUCCUUUGUGAAGGCAAUAGCUGGCGAAAUCAAUUACAGCAUUUGCAUUAUGUCACUGUCAUCAAAGAAUUUGAACGACGACACUCUGAAUGGUCUCAUGAAUUCCACACCCGAGAAUUGUAUCAUUCUGUUGGAGGAUGUUGAUGCAGCCUUCCCAAAUCGUGAUAUGCAAGAUGACGACGAUGAUAAGAAAGAUGAAAAGAAGAAAAAGCAGCAAACGCCACAGGUGAGCGAAAAUGGCUCAGGAAAAGUAACACUCCGUGGAUUGUUGAAUGCAUUGGAUGGCGUUGCAUCGACAGAAGGACGUAUCAUUUUCCUCACAACCAAUUACAUCGAUCGAUUGGAUUCAGCUAUGACGCGACCGGGUCGUGUUGAUUUGAAAGUGCCAAUCGAUUUGCCAGACGAUGAUCAAUUGUUCCGAAUGUUCACUCAUUUUUAUCCGGAAGCGAAUGUUGAGACAGACGCCAAGGAAUUUGUUCGUAAAAUUCGGGCGUUGAAGAAGCCCAAAGUUAGUAUGGCUAUGGUUCAGGGCCACUUUAUGAUGCACAAAUAUGAUUACAAAGACAUGAUGGAUGGACUUGAACAAUAUUUCGAAGAACAAUUCUUCUCGCUUAACCAAAAGAACUAAGAGUUUGGAUAUGCUGUGAU